AUGGCAACUCUGGAUCUGCCCUCGGGGACCGAGAAAGGAGAGGCAGCAGCAAUCCCCACCCUGGGCCAGGCCUUUAUCGGUGACAAAGGGAAGUGGAAGCUGCAGCGGCAAGGCCUCAGGGACUGUCCCCAGGCAGGACCGGCAUUAACCAUCGCCAUGCUGGACAAAAAUGUUUUACUGCCUGACCUCAAGGGCCAGUACUGGACGGACGAUGAGUCCGAUGGGGACAAUGAGUCCGAGGAGUUCCUCUAUGGCGUCCAGGGGACCUGCGCCGCCGACCUGUACCGUCACCCGCAGUUGGACGCUGAUAUCGAGGCCGUGAAGGAGAUCUACAGUGAGAAUGCCGUGGCCAUCAGGGAGUAUGGGACCAUUGACGACGUGGACAUCGACCUCCACGUGAACAUCAGCUUCCUCGAUGAGGAGGUAGCGACAGCGUGGAAGGUGCUGCGGACGGAGCCCAUCGUCCUCCGCCUGCGCUUCUCCCUCUCCCAGUACCUUGAUGGCCCCGAACCGUCCAUCGAGGUUUUCCAGCCGUCCAACAAGGAGGGCUUCGGGCUGGGUCUGCAGCUGAAGAAGAUCCUGGGCAUGUUCACGUCCCAGCAAUGGAAACAUCUCAGCAAUGAUUUCCUGAAGACCCAGCAGGAGAAGCGGCACAGUUGGUUCAAGACAAGUGGCACCAUCAAGAAGUUUCGUGCUGGCCUCAGCAUCUUCUCCCCCAUCCCCAAGUCUCCCAGCUUCCCUGUCAUCCAGGAUUCAGUACUGAAGGGCAAACUGGGCAUCCCUGAGGCUCAUGUGAACCGAUCCUGUACGGUGAAGAACCCCAAGGUGGAGGUUUUUGGCUACCCCCCCGCCAGCACCCAGGCAGGUGUCGCCCCCUUCAACAUCCUGGUCGGCGGCCACUGCAAGAACGUCCCUACGCUGGAGUACGGCUUCCUCGUCCAGAUCAUGAAGUAUGCGGAGCAGCGGAUUCCAACACUCAACGAGUACUGCGUGGUGUGCGAUGAGCAGCAUGUCUUCCAGAACGGCUCCAUGCUCAAGCCAGCGGUGUGCACCCGGGAGCUCUGCGUCUUCUCCUUCUACACCUUGGGCGUCAUGUCCGGCGCAGCAGAGGAGGUGGCCACGGGCGCCGAGGUGGUGGACCUGCUGGUGGCCAUGUGCCGCGCCGCCCUGGAGUCCCCCCGCAAGAGCAUCAUCUUUGAGCCUUACCCUUCCGUGGUGGACCCCAACGACCCCAAAACACUUGCCUUCAACCCCAAGAAGAAGAACUACGAGCGGCUGCAGAAGGCCCUGGACAGCGUGAUGUCCAUCCGGGAGAUGACCCAGGGAUCCUACCUGGAGAUCAAGAAGCAGAUGGACAAGCUGGACCCCCUGGCCCAUCCCCUCCUGCAGUGGAUAAUUUCCAGCAACAGAUCCCACAUCGUCAAGCUGCCCCUCAGCAGGCAGCUGAAGUUCAUGCACACCUCCCACCAGUUCCUCCUGCUCAGCAGCCCCCCAGCCAAGGAAGCCCGGUUCCGCACCGCCAAGAAACUCUACGGCAGCACCUUCGCUUUCCACGGCUCACACAUUGAGAACUGGCACUCCAUCCUUCGCAAUGGGCUGGUCAACGCUUCCUACACCAAACUGCAGCUGCAUGGAGCAGCCUAUGGCAAGGGCAUCUAUCUGAGCCCCAUCUCCAGUAUUUCCUUUGGAUACUCAGGGAUGGGAAAAGGGCAGCACCGGAUGCCUUCGAAGGAUGAGCUGGUGCAGAGGUACAACCGGAUGAACACCAUCCCCCAGACCCGCUCCAUCCAGUCCCGCUUUCUCCAGAGCCGCAACCUGAACUGCAUCGCGCUUUGCGAAGUCAUCACCUCCAAGGACCUGCAGAAACACGGCAACAUCUGGGUCUGCCCCGUCUCGGACCACGUCUGCACCCGCUUCUUCUUUGUGUAUGAAGACGGCCAAGUGGGAGACGCCAAUAUCAAUACUCAGGACCCCAAAAUCCAGAAGGAGAUCAUGCGUGUGAUCGGGACUCAGGUGUACACAAACUGA